GAAACCCUUUAACAUCGAUUGAAAAAUAAAAUAGAAACAACUUAUAGCAUUGAUCUAUUUUGGAUAUAGGAUUUCGAUUUCCCGCAAGGUUCGUCUCUGUCAUGUUUGUUGGAGGCUGUGUAGUUUAUAUCUUGGCAGUUGAGUUUCUGUUUCUGGCCUUUACUUUUACGAAGUCAAGUCACGAGGGUCUUGAAUACAUAGAAAAUGAAUUAAAUACCAACUGGAAAGAGGAUGCAAAUUGGAAAGAUGCAUUUGAUACCCUUAAACUCAUUUUGGACGUACUACAUCACAUCAUCGACCUAGUUUACUACUCUCUUCUUGUUGCCAUAGCCCUCUCUUGCGCAAUGACACUUGUAAAUAUUUUACACAUGGGUACAUCUUUCAGAAAUAAUCUGUUUAUGUUGUAUAGGGGUGACUAUACAUACAUACCCGAAGCAUCCAAGUUUUCAGCCCAAGGUUUGUGUGUCGGCAAUAUGAAGUUUGCAGGUUUUCAAGUGGCCUAUCUGAUAUGGGGUUUUAUGAUCAUUACUAUAAUACUGUUCAUCAUCUGUUUUUCCAUGGGCGUAUUUAUUUUAUCUCUAAUCUUCGGCUACAUAGACUGGUUGGUGAAUAAAGUGCUGCAAGUCUGGCCUGGAGUCUUAAUAGGCAUAGCACUUGUUAUUAUACAGAAAAUCUUGACCAGAUUUGUCUUUCUUCAAGGCAAUGCCCAACAUUUACUUCUGGAUAACAGACGUUUCUAUUUCAUCACCACUUACUUCAUGUUUUUCUACAACAUCUUCCUGGGAAUAGUCUCAUGUUUCAUGAGGAUUAUCAAAUCGGUAGCUGUUGGGAUUCUACUCCUGGCUCGACUGGACAGUAGUCUAAUGCCUAGAAAAUUUGAGCGUUUUGACCCAGGUUUCAGCGCCUAUAUAGGUUAUAUCCAAAUGGAGAUGGCACAAACACAUCCAGUGGUUCUCGUGUUUAUACAACUGCUGUACACCCUCAGUCGUGAAAGGAAAUCAAUUGGCGUGAUGACAAUGUCAACGAAUGAAAGUGACAUCAUCCUAAUGUCCAGCGAGUCAGAAACUUUACAGGUCGUGAUACCAAUGAAGAAAGUUGUGAGAAAUCGAUCAGCCCAAUUCAACUGGCUUGUUAUCUAUACCCUCCUACAGAACCCAUCGGUGAGAAUGUACAGAAAAGGUUUUAUCCAGUUAAAAAGGAAAGCCGAGAAAGAAGGUCUUAAGAUACCGAUCAGUGACAAACCCAUCACAGACUUUGAUUUGGUCAAACUCCAAGAGGAGAUGGAGAGAGAGAACAAGCCUUGACACAGCAAACACAAACUUUUUUAGUCAUAGAUAUUGAAUUCGAACAAUCAGUCUCAUAUCAGAACGUGUUAUAUAAUUAGCAUUGCAUUCAUGUCUUGGUUUGAAAGGCAUUUUAUCAACUCUGUUAAAGACAAGUCUACAUAUCUGGACACUACUGUCUACAGGCAAGUCAACGGGCAGCGGCUUGUGUUCAUUGUAUACUUUGAUAGCAUGUUAACUAAAUGCACACAUGUCUAUGACAUCUAUUAUGUGAAUACACUUUGAACCAGAUUCCUUCUUUCUGCACUCGUUUCUGUUGAAUCAUACCUUUGUAUCAUUGCACAUUCACACCACGCUCUUCUCCGACCGUACCCGCCGUCCCAUUGUGUUAGACAAGCUCGUUGAAUACCGAACGUUCAAUGAAAAAAAAAAACACCACUCCCUACACUAAUCUAACAUCUUCCCUAUUAUAAAUCAUAGACAUCAAUUCAAUAAAACUAAUUACCAUUUUCUUGUAUAAGAAGCAAACAGCAAGAUCCAUCAGAAAAUUCAUUGUAAUAAUUAUUUUCCAGAACAUUCAUUUUGUCAAAUUUUCAACAAUAUUUGCAUUCGUUUCGUAUGUCUGUACUACAAAUAAACUUAACACUUCCUCAUACGAGAAUACCUUCACCCAAUCCUAGCUUUAAAAAUCUAGGAAUACAAGAGCUUAUUAUUUCAGCUUCCACCAAAAGAUUUGAUUAUCACAGCUUCAUCCUAUUUUCAUUCUUCUAUUUAACUGAAAGAGAUCACUUGGGAUUUAUACAUUUACACAUAGUAAUGACACAACAUCACGAGAACUAUUUCAAUGCUCAUUGUACCAACUGGUGUCAAAUACUUUCUUUGUAUUGUAUUGUAUAAUUUUACAUGUUUAAAAAAAAACAAAACAAAAAAAUCUUUAGCUUUAAAUUCAAAUUUUUGACAUUUUCCACAAUCUGUUCGUUUGAUAGCAUGUUUCCAGCGAUAUAGUAACCUAAAUAUGUAUGCCUCUUUCUGACCACUUCAAAAUAUGUCGACUCAAUACAAGAACAGGACAAGAAGGAUAUUUAUCCCUGCAUCCUCCAAGCACUUUGCUAUCCCAAACAUAUGAGUUGAUGAACUCCAGUGUGAGAAAACAAUGCUGCCAUAUCUUUCACUUUGUACCUGUAGUUCUUCAAUAACUACAUUAUAAGAUUGUAUUUUUUACUUUUGAUACAAUUAAUCAUCAGAUGGUGGACUACUUUAGCACUGCGAUAUUUUGUUGUUACGUUUCUGUUUUCCAUUUCAUUUAGAUUGUCUCAGUUACUGUAAAUGCUCAAAUGUGGUCAGAUUUUGAGGAGCUAAUAAAAAUCUGGUGCAACUGUA